AUGGUAUGGCCCAUUGUCCGGAUAGCACCGAAUCACUAUUCCAUCGACGAUCCAUCUGCUGUGCAAAUCCUCUACGGCGCUAGAUCUACUUUCGCCAAGGGAGAAUGGUACUCCGUCAGUGCGAGUCCCGACAUGCCCAUUCGCGACGUCUUCACGGAACUGGAUGCGAAAAAGCACGCUACACAUCGGCGUCAAAUUGCUCAAUUCUACUCUAUAAAGACACUACGGAAGAUGGAGGACGCGGUAGAUGAAUGCAUCAAAGAGUUCGAUCAAAGGCUCUCAGAGAUCUCUCGUUCCGGCGAAGUGAUUGAUUUGCAGUGGUGGGUUGCCAAGCGUUUCGGGUUCCUAAAAAAGGGGGAAGAUUGUAUGAACAUGAUCUCCAACAUCCACCAAAGUCUUCUAUACGUUGCCCGGAUUGGCGUGUACCCGGAAUGGCACCGAGUCAUCUUCAAGCUGUCCAGUUUCUUUGGCAACAGCGGCUUCGCGGCGGUCAUGGAUUUCGCAGGAAAGCAAAUCCAAGAACGGCUAUCGAAAUGGCAAGAUGAAGAGACCGGAGAGAGUGGAGACGAUUUCUUGACUAGUGUGCUGCGGCUGCACCGCGAGGACCCAGCCAAGUUUCCCAUGGAGAAGGUCUUCUUGACUUGCCUUCAGAACAUCGGAGCUGGUACAGAUACGACAAGCAUCAGCCUGAGCGCCAUCUUAUGGAACGUAAUAAUGGACCGCAGAGUUCUCGCUAAGGCAAAUUUAUUUCUUCCUCCCCGUCCUGCAGUACCAUGUCUGACAAUAGCACGACAGUUGCGCGCCGAGAUUGACGAGAAAACGGCUGACGGCCAGCUUUCGGACCCUCCAACGUUUGCAGAGACCCAGACCAUGCCAUAUUUCCAAGCCGUCAUUUUGGAAGGUCUGAGGAUCCACCCGGCUGCUGCUUUCCCCCUGGUUAGAAUUGUGCCAAAGGGAGGUGCCCAUAUCGCUGGGCGAUUCUUCCCGGAAGGAGUGUCCGUCGGAAUCAACUGUUGGGUUGCACACGCCAACCAAGCCGUCUUCGGUGAGGACGCCGAUCAAUUCAGACCGGAGAGGUGGCUCGCCGACAAGGAGACCGUCUCCGCCAUGAACAGAUAUUGGAUCCCUUUCGGUCACGGUUCUAGGACUUGCUUAGGCAAGAAUAUCAGUCCGAUGGAGAUUUCGAAGGCUGUGCCACAGCUGCUGCGAAAGUAUGAUUUUGAACGCGCAGAUGCGAAUGCGGAGCUUGAGUGCGAAUAUGUGUGCUUCGUCAAGCAAAAGAACAUGAAGUUCAAGAUAAUCCGACGAGAAGUCUGA